UCAGGAUCUCACACCAAAUGGCUUUUAAUCAUUUUUUCUUCCUUGUUCUUGUGCUCCUUGCAUCUAGCGUGGUGGUGCUGGGGCAAGAUGAAGCUGGGGAAGCUACAGAAACCACCAAUGCUGUCAAAACUGCAUCCAGAAAAAUGCUGCCAAUUGGAGGACAGAUUAUAAAAAUGCUUGGCGUUGGAGUUCAUGAUGGUCAGGAAGGGAAAUGUUCACCCGCCGGGAAACCCGGCAGAUAUAAUCCAUGGGGCUGUUGUGGUGUCUGUGUGUGCGUCGUCGCUGACGUUACGGAUGAGGGUAGCUGUCUUGGUAUCUGCUGAAUCAUGCUAAAGCUCCAAGCUAAAAUGCUGCUAGCAUCUAAAUGAACAAUUAGCAAAUUGUUCUAGCCGUUGCAUAAAUAAAUGGAAGCAUGGUUCUAGUGUAGUAUGUUAUCUCCA